AUGAAUACUGAUAAAUUUUCGCAAAUUUCGAAUAAAUCUUCUAAAAAAUCCAGCGCUAGCUCAUUAAAAUUAAUAUCGAAAGUUCUUGGAAUCACAUUUGCUAUUCUUUUUUUUUAUUCCAAUAGCCACAAUGAAAGAAUAGAUGAAAAUGGAAUACGAAAUGUAAGGCAUUUAGCCGAAUAUAUACCAAACAUUUCAAACCCGACUGGAAAUGUAUACCAUUUCAGUAGAAAUGAAUAUAACCAAGAAAGAGAAGAAAAUAGAAAUAAUUAUAGUUCUUGGACAAGCGGAGAAGUACCAAAUAAUGGUCAAUAUUCUGAAUAUCGAAUAUCUUCGGAAAUUUCUGAAAAUAUAAAGACGCAUGCUAAAAACUUUAUUAAUCUAUUAAAAACUUACUACCACUAUUGGAUUCCUAUGGCAAUAGGUUAUUAUUUAGCUUUGAAGAAUUUCGGAACAGACUGCACUUUAUUGAUAACAGUAAUUAUGGGUGUAUUGUAUUAUAUUCAUAUAAAUUCUUCGUAA